AUGUCGGACCAAAACUCGCCCUCCCAGUCGCCAGCACCCUCGCAAUCCUCUUCUACCAUUCCAACCUCGAUUCCCACACUCCGUCCUAAGAAGCAAAAGCCGUCUUUCGCACGCCCUGCAACCUCAGACCUUCAAUCGCGUCUUCAAGCCUUCUUGCCUCAGAUGGCCGCUGCGAAUGCUGAGCUCGAGAAGCUUGCGCAAGAGGGUGGUCUCGAGGGCAAGAGACUUGAAGAUGUAGGCGAGGGAGACGAGUACGUCGAGAUGGAGCUUGGUUUGGGUGUCAUGGAGCAAAAGAAAGAGAGAGAGGAAAGCAGCGAUGAGAGCUCGGAUGAGAGCUCAGAAGACAGUAGCGAAGACAGCGAGGAUGACGACAAGGACGACAAGGAGCAGAAGAAGAUUCAGAAGGAGAAGGAACAGAAGGAGAAGGAUAUUCUGGGCAGACUCAUGGGACACAAGCAAGGCAGAGAGAAGGCUGCUGGUAUUCAGGAGGUUGAGUGA